CAAAGGCAGGAGCUUCCUUGAGAGCGGGUCCUGGGAGGAAGGAUCAGAGCUGGAGGAAAGUAAUAACAGCGACAGUAAUAAAUAGUUACAGGCAGAGAUCAGCUACAUUGUAACUGCUGGCAGAGUAACAGUAAGGGAGGGGGAGAGUAACAGUGGCAGUGAGGGAGAACAACAGUGACAGUGAGGGUCUGGGUAGGGAGAGUGACUGAGGGAAGGGGGAGAGUUACUGUGAGGGUCAGUGACAGUGGGGAAGGUAAUAGCGAGGGCUGAUGAGAUUAACAGUGGGGGUCACUAAAAGUGAAGGUGAGAGUAACAGUGAAUUUGUGGAUGAGUGAGGGGCUAGAUUUGAGAAGAUAGAAUUAGUAUUAUUAACAGUGAAGCAGAGUCAGGGAUCUGCAACGGUGAGUGACGGUUACAAUUUAUGAUCUGAUUCGUCGCUGUCUGGACAUCUAAUGAUGUAUCGAGCACAGCCUUUUACUCUUGAUAAAGAGAGGAUAGUCACUGACUUGGAGAAAAGCCACUUUGUCACGGUUUUUCAGGAAUGUGAUUUGGGUCAAAAAGGCUACCUGAGCAGAGAGGAUCUCAAGGUUGCGGUGGUGACUGCAUUUGGAUAUAAACCUUCAAAGCUCGAGACGGAUAUGAUGAUGGCUGAAGCCCUGGAAAACAAUUUGCCAGGCCUAUCCAUCGAACAGUUCACGACUCUGAUGAGCAGGAAGUUGGCAGCCCAAGAUCGCUAUGACGAGAUACGGCAGAUCUUCUUGGCAUUUGACGCACGCUGUCGUGCUUUUCUGACUUUGGAUGAUUUUAAGAGGGCAUUUGCGAAUGUUACACCCCAUCUGCCAGAGCAAACUGUGGCUGAAGCUUUCAGGGAGGUGGAUCGAGAUUUGGAUGGCCACAUAAGCUUCAAGGACUUUGAGAUUGUCAUGCGCCAUGAAUGAAAAUCGAAUGAAACUUGGAAUGAGGCAGGAUAUUGCAGCCCGACCAGCCCCAGGGGCCUCAACACUGAUCCCUAAUGAAUGGAGAGUGAUCUGGGAGAUGAUACCAUGGUCAAUCAGAAGUGUUGCUCAAAGAUAAUGGGAACUGCAGAUGCUGGAGAAUCCAAGAUAACAAAGUGUGGAUAAUAAAAUGUGAGGCUGGAUGAACACAGCAGGCCAAGCAGCAUCUCAGGAGCACAAAAGCUGGCGUUUCGGGACACGUGUUGCUCAAAUGCAGUUUAUAUAUUUCAUGUUCUACCUCCAACUGCAGUGAUGAUUCAAUGUGCAAUAUGGUAUUUGUGUACU